AUGGCUCCCGCUGCUGCUACCAGGUCCAAAAAAGCGGCCACACGAGUCACACCCGCCUCCAAGGUCACCAAAAAGACCUCCAACGCCGCCAACAAGGCCCCUAAGGCCCCCAAGGCCAAAAAGGCCACUAAGGCCAAAACACCUCCCCCUCCGCGACGAGAUCGUCGUACCCGGAACGCCAUCGAGGACCAUUACUCCGGACGAGAUCGACGAAACGCCCCCGCCUACUGGGGGGCCCAAGGUAGACCUUGCGGAAUUGAUAGCCCAGCUAUCCAAGGUCCAAGAGGAGCGAAAUCACCGCCAUCGUCACGAGGGCCGGGUUCAUAA